AUGGCCAAGGUGUCCAGAAAACCAGCAGAGCCUAAUUCAGAGACAGACCAACCAACCUCAAGUUCCAAACAGGGGAAGAUGAAGAAGGUUCCCGGUCAACCCAAAUCCGAAAGUGGUGGCAAAGUGCUGAAGACAACCACAAAGGUUAAAAAAACCCUUCAAAGUACUUUGAGUAAAAAUGUCUCUGAAAAAACUACCAACUCUAUAAGAAAGCUGAAGAAAACUAGACAAUCAACACGAUUCGGCCAUUAUCACCGGUUGAAUGAGACACUGCGUCAGAAUGAUCCAGAACAGAACCAAUAG